AUUUAGUCGGCCGUCGCUGCUAUUUCUCCCAUUCGAGAAACGGACGACACCAUUGAAAUUGGACCAUUCCAUUGCGGUGGAUCAUUCGAGAAGAAGUGACGUGUAAAGACGGGAGGCCAAUCUCACUGUGUCAUCUUCUUCCACUCUUCGAUCUCCGACAACAACAGAACUACCAACAACAACCUCCACCACCACCACCUCGUCCUCCUCCUCCACCUCGUCCUCCUCCUCCACCACCACCGCCGCCGCCUCUUCAGUGCGAAUCUCCAACAACAACAACCCACCUUCGACCCCUCCACACCUCACUCCCUGCAUCAACAUGUCUGGACUCACGGCCGGCGAGAAGUUCCCAGAGGGCGUCAAGUUCAAAUACAUUGCAUGGACCACCCCCGACCCCAAAGUCUGUGGUUUUCCCAUCACCUACGACACCGACAAGGAGUUCGCCAGCAAGAAGGUCGUGUUGGUGUCGUUGCCAGGUGCUUUCACACCCACCUGCUCGGCCAACCACGUUCCUCGCUACAUUGAACACAUCGCAGACCUCAAGAAGAAGGGUGUUGAGCAGCUCAUUAUCAUAGCCCCUAAUGACGCCUUCGUUAUGUCAGGUUGGCAAAAGGUCAACCUCGGCUCCACUGAUGAGGACAACAAGUUCACAAUCUUCGCCAGCGAUCUGGAGACGAACCUGGCAAAGCAGAUUGGCUGGACCGCUCAAGGAGACGCAAGCCGCAACGGCCGCUUUGCUGCCAUCAUUGACCACGGCAAGGUCACUUACGCUGGCUUCGAGACCGAGCUCCAGACGGUCAGCGUCUCUGGCGUCGAUGCCGUCUUGGAGAAGCUCUGAGCGAGCAAUUGUGUGCGGAAGAGAAGCACCGCCAACGAGGCUGACGAAGUUAUGGCAGAGAACUCGACUGACGAUAGAGGAUAGAUAAAGAAGCGCAGGCGUCUAGACUGGGCGGUUAGCAGUUGCCAAUCUCAUUCUCGUACAGGUAUUCGCAUCUCACUUGGAGUUUCCUGGUAGAAUACCAUAGCAGUGGGACACAAUUGCGUAUCAGCUCGAUAAUUGGGGCGAUCGCCGAUUUAUCAAGGACGGCAGGCAGAUCGUUCUUCUGCAUUCUUGGCGGCCAGGCAGCUGUUCGAUGAUUUCAACUCGUCGCCCGCCAUUUGAGCAACGUCGGACAGAUUCCAACACAGUGGCCAAAUCUUGUGGGACGACUCCUGAAGUCUCCGUGAACCGACCUGUCCAUUUUCCCACAUGCCUGAUGCCAUUAUCAACCUUUGAUGACUUCUGUUUUCAGUCUUGUUGAAGAUGAGCUCCGGUGAUGCCUUGAGUUUCAGCCUAGUUUGGCACGGAAGACUGGGUCGUCCCUUGCAAACCUUGUUGGUGAAACGCCAUCAACCUGGGCAGCUACCUCUGCCACACUGCUGACGACGAGAUGCCCUCGUCAGUGGCAGAUUACGUCUCAAUAAGAUAAUCUGCUUCUUCACGCCGUCUGCCUUUGACCGCCCUCGUCCGCCAUCUUCUUCUGCUGCCAUCCACGUCAAAAGCUGCAUCUGCAUCAGCUCACAGACCACCAUGAUCUAAUAACAUCCAACACGAAAACGCUGCCUGCCAAAUUGCAACCUGCUUCUCUCGGCCUUGUUGACCUUCUGACGGUAAUUCCUCGUACGAUAGGAAUAUAAGGUAUAUCCCGGGCUCUUUUUAUAAUUGUGCCAACUCAUCAUUGUCCGCUUCUACUUGUUCAAGAUGCCUUCUGCCUGGAAACGCUGGUGGCGCAACAACCUCAACAAAUUGAAGAAGAAGAACAAGAACCGACCGAUCUUCGACCGAGAUUUUAAUGACGACCAGCGUGGCCUCCGACCGACGCAGCAAAGACCAUACACACACUCGAGCGUAGGCGGCCCUCCGCUACCACCAGGUUCGACCCACGUUGCAAGAGAUCCCUUUGAUCGAUUCGGACACUCGCAUCCUGCGCCUCGUCACAAUCGAGCUGCAUCGUACAGUCGUGUGGGACGACCGAGAACGUCGUACAGCAGCGACAGUUCUGAUUCUUUUCGGACUGCGCCACAACAAGACUUCAAGUGUUGAGGGUCCAACUCCGGUAGACUGCGCUGGAGCGAGCCGUGUGUACGCAGUCUGUAACAAGUGAAUGAUAAGGUAGCGACGACAACGAGACACAAUCAUGACUGUUUCGACGGGCGCGGCAGUGGGGAUCGCGAUGGGAAGCCUCAUUGCUGGAAUCCUCAUCUGUGGUCUGGUGGUGGAUCUGCUGGGUGGACAUAGAUACAUUCUCAAAAAGAGGCCUGCUAGAGGGGCAGAUGGCGAGGAUGGGAACCUCGAAGAGUCGAUAUUCGGAGAGAAAGCAUCUCGGUCUCAUCGAGGCGGACCCAUCGAUCCUGAAAGAAUCCUCUCGACGCCCGAACAACAACAAAACUCUCCUGUUAGUUCCCUCGAUUCCAGCUCUUCUUCCAUAGCUACCAUUGAAACCCUCGACCAAGAAGUUCGCCAAGAAUUCGUCAAUCUCAACAUUGCAAUCAAAGGCCACGCCGAACUGUACUAC